GGCAGAUAUGCUGCUUGCAAGAAAAUUCCAGCUUCCCGUUCAAUGGGAUGAAAAACGAGAGCUUGGCGAACUUGCUGAGGAUCUGCGUAGUCUUGAGAUAUCCAAUCCCAGAGGUCAUGUUAGAAUCGCAAGAACUGCACGACAGAAGCGACAGAGCAGUUCAGAUGAACAAGAAUUCUUAGACGCUCACAACGAUGCCAGAUCUAAAGUCAGUCCUACAGCGUCAAAUAUGAGAAAGAUGAAAUGGAGUAUUGAAUUAGCCCAAGUUGCCCAAAACUACGCCAACAAAUGCAUAUAUGGCCAUAAUUCGGCAAGAACUUCUGAGACGAAGGCUCUGACGUCACAAUUCAGCUCUGUCGGUGAAAAUCUCUACGUCACCUCCAGAAGUAAUGCCAAUCCUAGUUCUGCCGUAGAAUCAUGGGACGCCGAGAAGAGUGAUUAUACAUACAGUAACCUUUCAUGCGCUGAUGUGUGCGGCCAUUAUACCCAGGUUGCUUGGGCAAGUUCGGAGUAUGUUGGAUGUGCAUCCAGUACCUGUUCUUCCUUCUCAGGAUUACCAAGUUCUUUCAACGGAGGAACGAUUGUUAUCUGCAACUAUGGACCAGGAGGCAAUUACAAUGGUCAGAAGCCCUACAAGUCCGGGGCUCCCUGCAGUUCUUGUCCCAGCGGUUACUCUUGUUCAAACAACCUUUGUACUGAUGGAAGCGGUGAUAGCGGUUCAGGGUCUUCAUCUGGGUCAAGUGGGUCUUCAUCUGGAUCUGACUCUUCAUCCGGAUCUAACUCUUCAUCCAGUACCGGAAACAGUGAUUCCAAAUCAACAAAUACCGGAAGCGGGCAAACUGAAAAUGAGGAUUGUUAUACGGGUGAUGGAUCUAACUACCAGGGUACAGCCAGUACAACUGUGAGCGGGAAAACUUGUCUGCUCUGGUCCAGUGUCCUCUCCUUCCUGCCAAACAACAACUAUUGCAGAAAUUACUUCGCUGCCUACGGGUUCACCGAACCUGUUUGUUACAUGAAGCCCGGAACUUACUAUGUUGAAUCUUGCGUAGUCCCCAAAUGCAGCAAGAAAUGAAGAAUUUGCCUGUUAUGAUCUGAUGGCAAAAAAUGGACUGCACCUCAAAAAUGGAAUAGAAAAC